GCCGCCGCUCCCUCCUCCUCCUCCGCCGCGGAGACCGUUGGGAAAGCGGCUUCUUCCCGGGUCUUCCGGCUGCCGCUGCUGAGGGGGCGGCGGCGGGAGCGGCUUGGUGGCGGGCGAGGCGGCAACGGCGGCGGCGGCGGCGUGACAAUGAGGCGACGCUGCUGCUGCUGGCGUCGCCGAGGCCUUCUAUAGCCGGGCUCGGGCCCAGCCCAGGCGGCGGCGGCGGCGGCUGCUCUCCCGCUCGGCCAUGGGGAACACCGUCACCUGCUGCGUCUCUCCCGGCGCCAGCCCCAAGCUCGGCCGGGUCCGCGGCUCGGCGCUGAGGGCGGCCUCCGCCGGAGGGGCGGCGGCGGGAGUCACUGAGGCCGAGUCGGGGGACUCGGAUCCCGGCGGGGGCGGCCCCCACCUGCAGCACAUCAGCGACCGCGAGUUCCCGGAUGAUUUAGCAUUGGAGUCAAAUCCAUCUGACCAUCCUAGAGCAAGCACAAUUUUCUUGAGCAAAUCCCAAACAGAUGUGAGAGAGAAGAGGAAAAGCAACCACAUCAACCAUGUUUCUCCAGGGCAGCUUACAAAAAAGUAUAGUUCAUGUUCAACAAUAUUUAUUGAUGACAGCACAGUAAGCCAGCCUAAUCUUAGGAGCACAAUAAAAUGUGUUACAUUAGCAAUAUACUAUCACAUAAAGAACAGGGAUUCUGAUAGAUCACUGGAUAUUUUUGAUGAGAAAUCACAUCCACUCACGCGUGAAGAGGUUCCAGAUGACUACUUUAAACAUGACCCUGAUCACAAGCACAUCUAUCGCUUUGUACGUACCCUGUUUAGUGCAGCGCAGCUGACGGCCGAAUGUGCAAUAGUGACACUGGUUUACUUGGAAAGGCUCUUAACCUAUGCAGAGAUUGACAUUUGCCCAAGUAACUGGAAGAGAAUAGUUCUAGGUGCUAUUCUGCUAGCUUCUAAGGUGUGGGAUGAUCAGGCCGUGUGGAAUGUGGAUUACUGCCAAAUACUGAAGGAUAUUACAGUUGAAGACAUGAAUGAAAUGGAAAGACACUUCUUGGAGCUACUGCAGUUCAAUAUCAAUGUUCCUGCCAGUGUUUACGCCAAAUACUACUUUGACCUUCGCUCCUUAGCAGAUGACAACAACCUGAACUUUCUGCUGGAGCCCCUUAGUAAAGAGCGAGCACAGAAACUAGAGGCUAUCUCCAGGCUGUGUGAGGACAAAUACAAAGAUUUGUCAAAAGCUGCUAUGAGACGAUCAUUCAGUGCUGAUAACUUAGUUGGGAUCCGCCGUACUAACGCCAUCCUCUCUUGAGCAAGAUGGAAAGCUGCGAUCUUGUGGCGCCAGGAUUCCUAUCGGCCGGGGAUACCACCUCCACUCCAAGCUCACAAGUCAACAGCGAUGGCGUCUUCCAGCCAGCGGACGGGGUGAGCACAGCAAGCCAAGGGAGCUCAGAGCCAGAGGAGCAUGAUUCCAAAUGGAGGGGGGAGAGAUGGAACCUCUUUCCAAUGGGCACACUCCAUUAAAAAUCAAGAGGUUAAAAAACUUUUGAGUCUUCCCCCCCUUUUCUCCUCACUGUCCCUCACCCCCCCCCAAAAAAAACCCCACAGAUGUUUGCUUACUGUGUAGGCCUAUAGCUGUGAACUAUGUGAGUUUUUAAUAAUGACUAGUUUUACAUUUUAGAAUUUGAACAUUAACACGACAGUAGUCGCGACGUUCUUCCCCUCUCAGUCAUCCAGGACCAGACUGCCGUUGCCUUUCAGUGCAGUGUUAAAUGCUAACACAGUAUAAAACCAGUCUGGGACUAAUGCUACAGCAUUGACCAGUGAAGGGUUCUUCCCUCCCUCCCUCCCCUCACCACACAUUUACUAGCAAGACUCUCGAUUCCUACACUGGAGUUCAGUCAAAAGACCAAGGAGCUGCUGAGCAGCAAGCUGUGCUAACUGUUUAAAUGCAAAACCCGACACUUGAGAUGGUCAAGGGACUGGAAACCUUUGGGGGCAGGAGCAGAGAAAUGGUCUUCUGUGUUCACUGAUUUGAAAGCCAGUUGGUCAGGGUCCAUUUCUUGUCAACUAUGGUGCUUCUCACGUUCUUAUACUUCUAGUUGAGCCCUGGGAGAGAUGCAGUCUGCAUAAUACACUUUCUUUUGCCUGAAGCGCUGAAUAGAGCUGCAUUGAAAGCCUAGCCUGAACAAAUGUACUGACUUGGCGAUGAACAGACAAUAAGGCUGCUCUGCUAAACUCUUCCACUACAAA